UGUCAAACAUCUGUCAAAUGCUCAAAACUCAAAUCGACAUACGUUCUGGGCUUCUGGCUUUAAAUAAAAUUAAAAUAAGAUGUUUAAUUGUUUAAAAUAUUUAGUCUUUUGAGUAUUUGGACCACAAUUUUUGCCCUUCAAUUUCAUACAAAAAAAUGAAGGUGUAUGGUACCGAGGUAGUGGCAAGUAGUGGUAUUAGGUAUCACCAAAGAAUAUAUUAUGUAGAUAGAGGAUAGAGGUAUCACACAUGUUUUAUUGCUAUUGAUUAUAGUAAAUGGUUUUGUAUGCUUCCAAUAUUUUUAUUCAGUUUAUUUGUUAACUAUGGAAUUUAAAGUUGAAAUCAAGGAAGAGUUUGUUCAAUAUGACCAACAAAAUAAGGAGACUCAGCUAUGCACAUCAAUAGAUCUGGAACACUUCAAAAAUCAAUCAGAAGAUAGCUCAGCAGUGGAACUAUCAGCUAAAGUUAAGAAAGAGAUAGUUGAAAGUGGUCAAGGAUAUACAGAACAUCAGCUAUUUACAUCCCUAGAUAUUAAAGACUUGAAAAACGAAUCAGAAGAUAACUCAGCAAUGGAACUAUCAGCUAAAGUUAAGGAAGAGAUAGCUGGAAGUGACCAAGGAUAUACAGAACAUCAGGUAUUUACAUCCGCAGAUAUUAAAUAUUUGAAAAAUGAACCAGAGGAAGAUGAAGGUUUUUCUCAGAACCGAAUGGAAAUAAUGAAAAAACUUGCAUGUACUACAGAACAACAAAUAAGUGCAAACUCUGGAGAAACAACAACAAAUUCUAUUAGUAAAUGUAUAAUUUGUUGUAAGCAAUUUAAACAUGAAUGGUAUUUGAAACGGCAUAUGAGAAUACAUACUGGAGAAAAACCUUACCAGUGUGAAACAUGUUUUAAACAGUUUAUUCAAGCAAACGGUUUGAAAACACAUUUGAGAGUGCACACUGGAGAAAAACCUUUCCAGUGUGAACUUUGUUUCAAGCAGUUCUUUCAGAAAAGUAAUUUGAAAGCACAUUUGGCAGUGCACACUGGAGAAAAGCUUUACAAGUGUGAAAUUUGUUUUAAGCAGUUUUUUCAGAAAAGUAAUUUGAAAUCACAUUUGAGAGCUCACACUGGAGAAAAGCCCCACAAGUGUGAAAUUUGUUUCAAGCAAUUUUCUCGAGUAAACGUAUUGAAAAUUCAUUUGAGGGUACAUACAGGAGAAAAGCCACACAAAUGUGAAAUUUGCUUAAAGCAGUUUACUAGAGCACACGAUUUGAAAAUUCAUUUGAGAGUACACACCGGCAAAAAGCCUUACAAAUGUGAAAUUUGUUUUAAGUCAUACAGUGGCAAAACAACUUUGAAAACUCAUUUAAAGACACAUACCAGAGAAAAACCGUACAAGUGUCAAAUUUGUUUAAAGCAGUAUUCUCGGAAAAGUGAUUUUAUGAGCCAUUUGGGUACACACUAUCCAAAAAGUUAAUUUCGUCUAAUACUGGAUGUAGUAAUAAAUUUUUAAAUUACAAGGACAAAAAUAUACAAGUUUCUUUGGUAGAAUUACGGAAAUAAUGAAUGAAUGAAUUGAAGUGCAAAACUAAUAGCUCGCUAUGUCAUAUCCGGCUCGAAGGACCAAUGCAUAAAUUCGAAUAUAAUAUAAAUUCGAUUGUCCUAUGUCCGAAGUUCUCCAUCGACGAUGUGAAAUAAUUCUCGAAGUGUUGGUGUUAAUGAUUUAUUGGUAGUUUUUAAAUAAAUACACUCGACAUAAACUUCAACUGACUAUACGCAACUUGACUGAUUUAAUUAUUCUUGUAGACUACUUGUUUAGAAGCGUUCAAAUCCAAUUGAAGAGCUCAAAGCUAAAAGGAUUAGGGUCAAUUAUUUGUCAUUAUGGAGAUAAUACUAAUUUCUUCUACUUUAUCUCAUGUAAAAUAUUACAUGGUACCUAAAUAAACAAAAAAGAUGAAGGUAUACAAGCCAUUCAGCUUUGAAAAAUACGUCUUCUAGGCUAACAGGAUGAAGGUGCUACAUAUGCAGGCUAAAAGGAUGACAGUCCACCUAGUUCAGAUUGCUGACCCCUGCUGACACAGAGGCCCCUGCUAUUAGUGCUGUUUUUUGCCCAGAUGUUUUAUAUACAAAAAGUUGUCCUUUCAAAAUACGACAUGUACGGCAACUAACCAUCGUUUCUCAUCACCCUCGAAUGUUGUUACAUCAUCAGACUGUUAAUGGCCUAAAUGAAGAAAGUAUUGUUACUAAGCCUAAGAGGAAACAAAUUGCACUACCAGAAGGCUGUUUUCACCUGCCAGACUAGCAUAUUGUGGACUUUAAGAGCCCGCGCAGACUGCAGACUUUUUAAUCGGCCGAUAGUUUAGUCGGUUUCUUAAUCAGUACAGAGAGGUAUGCAUCGGUGAAUCGGUGUAAUGUGCGCAUCUGCAUACCUCUCUGUACUGAUUAAGAAGCCGCCUAAACUAUCGUCCGAUUAAAAGUCUGCAGUCUGCGCGGUUUCUCAAUAUUCAGCAUUUGAAAAAAUUUUGCUCUGUAAAGUCUCGAGCAUAUUUUGACGCACUGCCACAUGCUUAAAGCUUUUCAUUGUAUCAAUUACUAACAAUCUUCUACUUUAUUAAUUUGUAGCUUUGUGUAAUCAACAAGAGCAGAUCUGUAGAAUAUUACUUUUGAAAAUAUAGACUACUUAUCUGCAUUUUUAGUUUCAUUUUAUGACACGUUAGUGGAUCCUCAUCCAUUUAGUCUAAGAUUUCAUGACACCAAAAGAUAAAUAAAUUUAUAUUUAUAGUCAUUUUUAAACUGAUAACCCCAAAAACAUAACCUAUACUAUCCGUUGCAAGAUAAUUCGGAUGGAAUUCCGACAAAAUAUGUACUUUUUGUAUAUAUUUUGUCGGAAUCCCAUCCGGAUGAUCUUGCAACGGAUAGUACGUUCCCUGUAAGUUGCUGCAUGAAUUAGUAACCAAAGUGAAGUGCCCUUUCUGUCAAUUAUUUUUAUAUCUAGUUUUAAAACUUAAAAACCCAAUUUCUCAAAACUUGUUUUUUUGGACCCUCAUCCUUUUAGCCCUGAGCUCUUCAAUUUAUAACCUCACAAAUUAAAUAUCAAUUCAUUAACAAGG